AUGCCGGCCCGGGGCGCGCCUCUCUCGCGUACAUCGCGACUGCUGCUCCUCCUGCUGCUGAAGGUUUCUGUCUCUGCUGUCCUGAGCUUUGUCCCUGUGGCCAGGAAUGGAACUUGUCUGGGGGAGAGCUGUUCCCCACUGCUUCAGGGCGGCAGCAGGGAUGCCCGGGGACUAGGGAAUUCUGCAAGAGGGGUUCUGCGAGUCCGUAUGCCUAGGGAGAAACUGGAAGCAGAGGUGAGAGGGGCGACCUCUUGGGACCUCCCACCGGCCAGGGUCGGCCAGACAGGUGCAGCAGGUGCAGCAGCUGCUGGGCCCUUGGGUCCCCCAACCAAGCCACCUGAUGCCUGGAGGUGGAAAAGUGCCCAGGGUAAAGAGCCACUAGGAAAUUUGGGGAGAAGGGAACCUACGGACCUCCACCUCUUCCUUCAGACUUCAGAGGGGGAAGACAUGAGUCCCAGGGGCGCUGACAUUCCACGGAGCAGCCAGGAGCAGAGUGUGAAAACGGACCCUGAACCCAGAGAUCUUUUUUACUGGCCACGGAGAACUGGACAACCCCAAGGCUCCCACCAAAAGCCUCCACCGGGGCAUGAAGGGAGGACCAUUGCUCCCCCAGGCAGGGCACUACCGCAAAACGGGUCUGUUGAUGACUGGGUCCCUGACCAAGGGGGUCCGCGCCGUGGAAACAGCACCAGCAGGCGCGUGAGACUGAAGAACCCCUUCUACCCCCUGACCCAGGAGUCCUAUGGAGCCUACGCCGUCAUGUGCUUAUCUGUGGUGAUCUUUGGGACUGGAAUCAUUGGUAACUUAGCAGUAAUGUGCAUCGUGUGUCACAAUUACUACAUGAGGAGCAUCUCCAAUUCUCUCUUGGCGAACCUGGCCUUCUGGGACUUUCUCAUCAUCUUCUUUUGCCUACCCCUGGUCAUCUUCCAUGAGUUGACCAAGAAGUGGCUUUUGGAAGAUUUCUCCUGCAAGAUCGUGCCCUAUAUCGAGGUGGCCUCUCUGGGCGUCACUACGUUCACCUUAUGUGCACUGUGCAUUGAUCGCUUCCGGGCUGCCACCAACGUCCAGAUGUACUAUGAAAUGAUCGAAAAUUGUUCUUCCACCACUGCCAAACUUGCAGUGAUCUGGGUUGGCGCUUUGCUGUUGGCACUUCCGGAAGUUGUUCUCCGCCAGCUGAGCAAGGAGGAUUUGGGCUUUAGUGGCCAGGCUCCUGCAGAACGGUGUGUCAUAAAGAUCUCUCCCGAUUUACCGGACACCAUCUAUGUUUUGGCCCUCACUUAUGACGGUGCAAGGCUCUGGUGGUAUUUUGGCUGCUACUUUUGUCUGCCCACACUUUUCACCAUCACCUGCUCUCUAGUGACUGCGCGGAAGAUCCGCAAAGCAGAGAAGGCCAGUACCCGUGGGAACAAGCGGCAGAUCCAUCUGGAGAGCCAGAUGAACUGCACGGUGGUGGCCCUAACCAUUUUAUAUGGGUUUUGCAUCAUCCCUGAGAAUAUCUGCAACAUUGUCACUGCCUACAUGGCCACGGGCGUCUCGCAGCAGACCAUGGACCUCCUCAACAUCAUCAGCCAGUUCCUCUUGUUCUUCAAGUCCUGUGUCACCCCUGUGCUCCUUUUCUGCCUCUGCAGACCCUUCAGCAGAGCUUUCAUGGAGUGUUGCUGCUGCUGCUGUGAGGAGUGCAUCCAGAAGUCUUCCACUGUGACCAGCGAUGACAACGACAACGAGUAUACCACAGAGCUGGAGCUGUCGCCCUUCAGCACGAUCCGCAGAGAGAUGUCCACAUUUGCUUCCGUGGGGACCCACUGCUGA